AUGUUAAAGCUGAAGAAGGUUGAUGACUUCAUCCUCGCUUCCGGAACCAGCGACUCUGCUCAAAAACGUGAUUGCGGAAACAAACCGGUUGUAAAGAUUGAAAAAAUAACUGUAAAUUCAGCUGAAAACUACGACUCGGAAUUGAUAUGCACAGUUCAUGCUGUUCCCGACGCUAUGGUUAAUUGGAAAAAGAAUGAUGUUAAUAUCAAACCUGACGAUCGUAUCACUAUCAGAAAGGAUGGCCAUUCGUACAUACUAAAAAUAUCUAAAACGCAAAAGUCUGAUUUUGGUGAAUACACUUGCUCAGCGGUGAACAGGGUGGGAAAAAGUGAAAAGAACGUCCAAUUAACAGGAACACCAAGUCCCGCCAGGUACUUUAAGGGUUACGAAGAUCGGGAAAAGAAAGUUCCCGUUUUGUCGUGGACAAUUGAAUCCAAUUCACCUAUUACAGAACACGUUCUACAAUACAGAAAAGUUGGGGACGAAAAGUGGAAUGUUGUCAAGCCCGAAGUUUCCAAUCCAGAAGGUAACAUAUAUACUAUUAAGCAGGAAUUGCCGAACUUAGGUCAAGGACAAUAUGAAGCCAAAGUGCGCUCGCGCAAUACGUACGGUUGGUCACAGUGGUCCGAAACCAAAAACUUCAAUGGGGUUGUUGCACAACGCACACAUAAUAUGCAUCAUGAUAUGCAUCACUCGCAUCCUUCAACCACUUAUGAUUUAAAUCACUCAGGACCAGAAACCAAAUCUUUAGAUAAUGAAAACGCAAAAGAAAAUAUCAGGCAAGAUGCAAGUUCCUUAAAUAGUGGACAAGCAAGAAGUAUAUUAUCUUCUUUAUUAUUCCUAUGUUUAGCUUUCCUAGCAACGCAUCAACAAUAAUAAUUAUAAAAGCAUUAUUGUAACAGGAAUAUAAAAAAAGCCUUCCCCUUCAGUGCUAAUUUAGACGUGAAAUAAACCAAAGUAUUUUUGUUGUUGAGUAGAACUAAGUUUUAACGGACUUUAUUGAUUAUAAAAUGAUAAUAAUUCAUUA